AUGAUCGGGCGGAUAAAAGCUAGAUUAGUUGUGCUUAACAUUGUAAUUAUAGCAAUGAUAGUGACUGGAAGUGAGUUCUUCGCUACCUGUGAUGUCGAAAUAGAUCGACUUUUGAGAACACUCAAUAAACCUCCUCUUAAAUCCAUCAAGAGUGGAGAUGGAUAUAUAAUAGAUUGUGUUCAUAUCAAAAAUCAUCCAAUUUAUGACCAUCCUUUAUUCAAAAAUCACACCAUUCAGAUGAGGCCAAGUUAUUACCCAAAAGGAUGGAACAAUAUAUCCUUGAACACCAAAGAACAAUCAAGUAUGGUGACUCAAAGCUGGAGCAUUAAAGGGAGAUGCCCCAAAAAUAGUAUUCCAAUAAGAAGAACGAAAAAAGAAGAUAUUUUACGAGCAGGAUCAAUUGAAAUAUACCGAAAAAAGUUUCCUUACAACAUUCCUCAUCCCCAACAACAAAAUCUAACUACAAAACAUGAGCAUGCCGUGGUUAAUGUGGAUGGAAAGUUUAAUGGAGCGAGAGCGCGUAUAAAUGUGUGGAAACCUUUUGUAAAGCAAAACGAGUUCAGCCUCGCACAAAUAUGGGUUGUCGCUGAAGCUGGUGAAAGAACUAACACUAUUGAAGCUGGUUGGCAGGUGUACCCAAAUAAAUAUGGUGAUUUUAACCCUCACUAUUUUAUUUAUUGGACUAGAGAUGAUUACAAGAAAACAGGUUGCUACAAUCUUGAUUGUCCAGGCUUUGUUCUUGUCAACCAAGGAUUUGCCUUAGGUGUGCCUGUAAAAGAUAUUUCUACCUUGAAUGGUCAACAAUAUGAAUUUCCCACAAUAAUAUGGAAGGACUCUCAUUCAGGGCAUUGGUGGUUGAAAUUUAGUGACCAUACACUUGUAGGGUAUUGGCCUUCUAAAUUAUUUAAUACUUUAUCAAUAGGUGCAAAUAGUAUACAGUUCGGAGGCGAAAUAACAAAUAAGGAUAAAUCUCAACACACAGAGACACAUAUGGGAAGUGGGCGUUUCGCACAAGAGGGAUAUCAAAAAGCUAGUUAUUUUAGAAAUGUUGAGAUCAUUAAUGAAAAUGAUCUUCCGCAACAACCAGUGGGUGCACAUCCUAUUACGCGAGAACAGAAUUGUUACAAUCUCGCUCUUGGCAAUCAUUUUGUUUGGGGGACUUUCUUUUACUAUGGUGGUCCUGGUCAAAAUCCUAAUUGUAGAUGA